AUGGCUGAACCUUCGAAGGUCAUCCACGUUCGAAAUGUGGGGCAUGAGAUAUCUGAAAAUGAUUUGCUUCAGUUAUUUCAGCCUUUUGGAGUUAUAACAAAGCUUGUGAUGUUGCGUGCCAAAAAUCAGGCUCUUCUUCAAAUGCAAGAUAUUCCUUCUGCAGUUAAUGCUUUACAAUUUUAUGCAAAUGUGCAGCCAAGCAUAAGGGGGAGAAAUGUGUAUGUCCAGUUUUCCUCACAUCAAGAACUAACUACAAUGGAUCAAAAUCAAGCACGAGAGGAUGAGCCAAAUCGAAUUCUCUUAGUUACAGUUCAUCACAUGCUGUAUCCUAUAACAGCGGAUGUGCUACAUCAAGUGUUUACUCCCCAUGGAUUUGUGGAAAAGAUUGUAACAUUUCAGAAGUCAGCUGGCUUUCAGGCUCUCAUCCAGUAUCAAUCCCGACAAAGUGCUGUUACUGCCAGAAGUACACUACAGGGACGCAAUAUUUAUGAUGGUUGUUGUCAGCUGGACAUUCAAUUCUCAAACCUUGAUGAACUACAAGUGAACUAUAAUAAUGAUCGUUCAAGGGACUUCACAAACCCAAAUCUGCCCACCGAGCAGAAAGGUCGAACUUCACAACCUGGAUAUGGUGAUGCAGGAGGCAUGUAUUCUGGAGCCAGGACAGCUGGAUUCUCGCAGAUGGCCAAUGCUUCUGCAAUUGCAACUGCCUUUGGGGGAGGUCUGCCUCCUGGCAUAACUGGAACAAACGAAAGGUGUACAGUUCUUGUUGCAAAUCUCAAUCCUGAUAGAAUAGACGAGGAUAAACUGUUCAACUUGUUCUCCAUUUAUGGAAACAUUGUCAGAAUUAAACUUCUCCGAAAUAAGCCAGAUCAUGCUCUUAUCCAGAUGGGGGAUGGUUUUCAAGCUGAAUUGGCAGUACAUUUUCUGAAGGGGGGCAUGUUGUUUGGAAAGCGGUUGGAAGUAAACUAUUCAAAGCAUGCAAACAUAACCCAAGGUGCUGAUACUCACGAGUACGUCAAUUCAAAUCUCAAUCGAUUCAACCGAAAUGCUGCGAAGAACUACCGGUAUUGCUGCUCGCCCACAAAAAUGAUCCAUUUGUCCACCCUCCCUCAAGACAUAACAGAAGAGGAGAUUGUAAGCCUUUUGGAAGAGCAUGGUACCAUUGUCAACAGCAAGGUCUUUGAGAUGAAUGGAAAAAAACAGGCACUUGUUCAGUUUGAGACUGAGGAGCAAGCUACUGAAGCUCUUGUGUGCAAGCAUGCAAGUCCACUUUCUGGAUCGGUUGUCCGCAUCUCCUUUUCCCAGGUGCAGAAUAUAUGA